AUGGAUGAAAAGCAAGUGAAGAGAAGGAUAGUGUUGGUUCCAGUAUCAGCGCAAGGGCACGUCACUCCUAUAAUGCAACUCGGGAAAGCUCUUCACUCCAGAGGCUUCUCCAUCACUGUUAUUCAGACAGAGUACAAUCGAGUUAGCUCUUCCCAAGAUUUCUCUGAUUUUCAGUUCCUCACCAUCCCAGGUACUUUGACUGACUCUGAUCUUCAAAGCCUCGGAGCACUCCAGUUUCUGAUGAAGCUCAACCAAAUCUGCGAGGCAAGCUUCAAGCACUGUUUUGGUCAACUAUUGCAAGAACAAAUCAGCCGUGAUGAUAUUGCUUGUGUCAUAUACGAUGAGUAUAUGUACUUCUCUGCAGCUGCUUUUAAGGAGUUUCAACUUCCUACUGUUAUCUUCACUACUACUAAUGCUACUGCCUUUGUCUGUCGCUCUGUUUUUGCCAAAGUCAACGCUGACAAGUUCUUGAUCGAAAUGAAAGAUCCUGAAGUGCAAAACAGUUUGUUUCCAGGGUUGGAUCCUCUAAGGUACAAGGACCUGCCAACUUCAGCAUUUGGGACAAUAGAGGAUAGCAUCAAGCUUUACAGUGAAGCUGUUAAGACUCGAACAGCUUCAGCGGUUAUCAUCAACUCAGCUACCUGUCUAGAGAGUUCGUCUUUGUCACGGCUGCAACGAGAACUACAAGUUCCGGUUUACCCUGUAGGCCCACUUCACAUUGCAGCAACUUCUGCGUCUUCUAGUUUACUUGAAGAAGAUAGAAGCUGCAUUGAGUGGUUGAACAAGCAGAAACCAAGCUCAGUGGUUUACAUAAGCUUGGGAAGCUUAGGUCGAAUGGAAACCAAAGACAUGUUGGAGAUGGCUAAGGGGUUGAGUAAUAGCAACCAACCUUUCUUAUGGGCGAUCCGACCCGGUUCCAUUCCCGGGUCAGAAUGGAUAGAGUCCUUACCAGAGGAGUUCGGUGAGGUGGUUUUAGAGAGAGGUUACAUUGUGAAAUGGGCCCCGCAGAUGGAAGUUUUAAGACAUCCUGCAGUAGGAGGGUUCUGGAGUCACUGUGGAUGGAACUCAACGUUGGAGAGCAUUGGGGAAGGUGUUCCAAUGAUCUGCAGGCCUAUUAGUGGAGAUCAGAAAGUCAAUGCGAGGUAUAUAGAGAGAGUUUGGAGAAUUGGGAUUCAACUGGAAGGAGAGAUGGAGAAAGAAACUGUGGAGAGAGUUGUGAAGAGGUUGAUUGUGGAUGAAGAAGGAGCAGAUAUGAGGAAGAGAGCUAUGGAUUUGAAAGAGAAUGUUGAAGCCUCUGUUAGAAGUGGAGGUUCCUCAUGCAGCUCACUAGACGACUUUGUCAACUCUUUGCAGACGAAGAACUUCAUGCAGCAAUGAGAUAGUCUUUGUUCAAAGUCAAAGAUGUAAGAAAUUCAUUCUGCUCGUUGUUAUUCUCAGGGUUUGGAUAAUUUAAAUCCUGUAUUGACCAUUGAUGGGAAAAUCAAUCUAGCAAACUUAAAACAAGCAUGUGAUUGCUCAGCAUAUGUUAGUUGAAUCGCAUUUAAUAGCUUAAUGUCUCUUUUUUUUUGAACUGAGCUUAAUGUCUCUUAAACUAACAUUUUCUCCUAAAUCACAAUGCCC